AUGAGGCAGUUUGAUCCGUUUAUUUGAUCCGAGCCUGAAAUUCAAAACUAAAACUUAAAAAAGUUUCUUUUUACACGAGAUUCAGACGAAUUAAACAAAAACAGAUGAAAACGGCGAAAAGGAUCAAUUAAGACAGAAUCAAUAAAGCUCUGAUAAGAGCUGAUACAGUUCUAACUUCCAUCGUCUAUUUAAGAUUUAUUUUGAAACAUGAAUCACACACACACACACUCCUCGUGUUCACGCCUCUGACAGCGUUGGUUUGUGAAGCUCGAGGCAGCAGCAGGGUUUUGUUUUGGAUGACGAGUGUGAACGGGAUGUUUUUUAGCGAACGUUUGAAGCAAAGCCGACACAACAGAGGUGGAAAACCCAGAGUGUCACUUCCUCCUUUUCCUGCCUCGACAUCACACUUCACCUGAACCUCAGGAGAGAAUCUCAAGAACCAAACAAAGGAACCAAACUGAUCGGGUUCAGUGGUCGAAGGUCAAAGGUCAUGAAAUAAACCGCAGAUGACGUCUUCGCGGAGGUCACCGACCCGGCCUGGAUGGCGAGACUCUCUCUCCCGCUCACAGGCGAUUACCAUGACAACGUGUUUGUCCCCAACGGACCUCCGUCCCCUGAAAGUGAACCUCUUCCACGGGACUGUCUGGACUCUUCGUCCUUCUCCACCUUCGGUAAAACUCCAGAGAAGGACGGCCCACUGGGCGGGGCCCUCCUAUCUGAGGUCAGCACGCUGUUUGAAAUGCUGAUGACGCAGAAGGCCGACGCCCACCCGGGCCCCAGACCGGACGUCCUGUACCGACUCUCUGCGGCGUACCGGCGCUCGCUGGGCCUGGACGGCAGCGCCACGCCUGCUGCGGGGAACGCACCGAGGAACUCUGGGAACACGGAGAAGCGUCCGGGCCUCGCGGCGCCAUCAGGACUUUACCACUAAAUAUAAGUGAACACUGGAAAAGACUGACUGACGCAGCUCCGAACAGGAAGUCACAGACUCACACGUUUCUAUGAUUAAAUGAAGAUUUUUAGACUUUAACUGAAAAUUACUUUGCAAAAACACGUUGACAGUGAAAUGAGGACGUGAUAUGAAAACACGGAGGCCGCGGCAGCAGCCGCCUGUUCGAUACCUCGUCCUCCUCAUCAGAUGCUGGUGCUUCUCUUUUUCAUGUUUCAACAGCGUCUUCUUCUUGACUUCCUCUUUGACUAAUGUUGAUCGCGACCUUUGACUUUCCAUCGCAGAAGAUUUAUUCAAACAGCGUGAACCAGAUUUUAAAUAUUUCCACAGAUUUUUAGAUUUUUCAAUUUGAGUCUUAAACCAGAAGAAAAGGUGAUUUUAUUGUUUGUGUUCAGAAAAUAAAAGCAGGACGAUUGAGGGAGCGAGGAGGAGGUGCACAGGGGAGCGUGGAGAUCAGGUGACUUUCAGGGAGGCGGCUAGUGGACAGGUGGAGUUUGAAGAAUAUGACAGAAUAUCGAGAAAGAGAAAAUCUGGAGGAGUGACAGAGGGAACGAAAAAGUGAUCUCAGUCUGAUGAACUUUGAUUUAGUUUCAUGUUAAAUUGUCGAGAACAGAAACGUCGGUGACGCAGGGACGUGACGCUGGUAGUUUUUUAGCAUUAGCACAGACUGAGGGCAGGAGACAGUGUGUCUCCAGAGACAUGAGGACUCUUCAGUCCAGGUUUAAUUAUCAGUGAAUAAUGAGAGAAAGUCAGACGCUCUGGUAAAAUGGAGUUUUUGUUGCAGGAUAUAUUUACUCAGGAAAAAACAAAAACAGGAAACGAAAGGGAGGAAGCAGCAGGAAGUUCAGUGAGAAAAAGAAACCAACUUUAAUGGUGAAUCUGAAAACAGAAAAAUGUUGGUUUCCUUGUUGUGGAUUAUUUCAAACUUCCCGUCUGUGUUUUCUCUGUGACAUGAAGCAGGAUCCAUUUAUUUUGUCUGUCAGGAAGUUAAAUGUUCAGAAGAGAAACAACCGGGAGGAAAUGAAGAACAACGACGAGCUGAACGCAGCGUCGGCAUGAAGCAGAGUUUGUUGUCAGAGCGGCUCGGUCUAAACUUCCCAUGUUCGACAGCUCUGGAGUAAAAAUACUUUAAGAUUACUGCGUUUGUUUGUUCAGGGUGAAUCACAGGGAGCAGCGUCGUCUCUUAAAUUAUUGGUUUGAUCCAACUUUAUUUCCCUGAACGUCGAGAAUCUGAAGAACAGCACUUUGUACAUAGUCUUCUGAAACUUUUUUACAUUUUGUAUCAAGAAAAGUUUUGUUUGGUUGAAAAAACUGAUUUGUAACUUUUUUCA